GAGCACCUGAAAGCUUUUGACCGGGAAGUAAAUGAAUUUGUGGACUAUAUGUUUGGACCUCGAGAUGCCAGGGUUAGAGGAUGGUUCCUUUUGGACUCUUACCUCCCCACGUUUUUCCUUACUGGAGCAUACCUACUCUGCAUAUGGCUGGGCAACAAGUUCAUGAAGGACAGGCCUCCUUUCUCUCUCAGGGCUCACCUCAUUGUAUAUAACCUUGGGAUUACGCUGCUCUCCUUGUACAUGCUCAUAGAGCUCAUCCUUGCCACAUGGGAAGGAGGUUACAACUUGCAGUGCCAGAACCUCCACAGCGCAGGGGAGGCUGACAUCCGGGUGAGACACAGCAGCAGCUCAGCCCCCAUGACA